CGGCGUGGGCGCGGGCGCGGUGCACGCUGGGAGCUGUCACUAGGCCCUUCGGCUCCCGGCCUCCGCGUCGUUGCCGCGGUUGCCAGGAGAGCGGCGCCGGCGGGGAGCGGCCGAGCCCACGGCAGGUGAUGAUUUUACAUGACUUUGGAACUGGUCUCUAGUGGAACGCUGUGGGAGGAUGAACACAGAAGAGCUGGAGUUACUGAGUGACUCCAAAUACAGAAACUAUGUAGCCGCAAUUGACAAAGCACUAAAGAAUUUUGAAUAUUCCAGUGAAUGGGCAGAUUUGAUAUCGGCACUUGGAAAACUUAAUAAGGUUUUACAAAAUAAUGCAAAGUACCAGGUAGUACCCAAAAAGCUGACUAUAGGCAAACGCCUAGCUCAAUGCCUACAUCCAGCAUUACCAGGUGGAGUUCAUCGAAAGGCACUUGAAACAUAUGAAAUUAUCUUUAAAAUCAUUGGACCCAAGAGACUUGCCAAAGAUCUUUUUUUAUACAGUUCUGGAUUAUUUCCUCUUCUUGCAAAUGCUGCCAUGUCUGUGAAACCAACAUUGCUAAGUUUGUAUGAGAUAUAUUACCUGCCUUUGGGUAAAACACUGAAGCCUGGUCUACAAGGAUUGCUAACUGGUAUUCUGCCUGGCUUAGAAGAAGGAUCGGAGUACUACGAGAGAACAAACACUUUGCUGGAGAAGGUUGCUGCUGCAGUGGACCAGUCUGCGUUCUAUAGUGCCCUCUGGGGGAGUCUUCUCACCAGUCCUGCCGUGCGUUUACCAGGAAUCACAUACGUUCUCGCCCAUUUGAACAGAAAGCUUUCCAUGGAAGAUCAACUUUAUAUAAUUGGCAGUGAUAUUGAGCUAAUGGUAGAAGCAGUAAGUACUUCCGUGCAGGACUCAAGUGUACUUGUACAGAGAAGCACACUGGACCUCAUACUCUUCUGUUUUCCCUUCCACAUGAGUCAGGCCACUCGACCAGAUAUGAUCAGGAUCUUGUCAGCAGCUCUUCAUGUAGUACUGAGGAGGGAUAUGUCCCUGAACCGAAGACUUUAUGCAUGGCUUCUGGGUUUUGAUAACAACGGUGCUAUCAUAGGACCCAGAAGCACAAGACACAGUAAUCCUGAAGAACAUGCUACUUACUAUUUCACUACCUUUUCAAAAGAAUUGUUGGUCCAGGCAAUGGUGGGCAUCUUACAAGUGAAUGGAUUUGGAGAAGAGAGCACUUUAAUGCAGGAUCUAAAACCUUUUCGUAUUUUAAUCAGUUUACUUGACAAACCUGAGCUAGGACCUGUAAUUCUGGAAGAUGUCCUAAUUGAAGUAUUUAGAACAUUAUAUUCCCAAUGCAAAGCAGAAUUGGAUCUUCAAUUGGAACCACCCUUCAGCAAGGAUCAUGCUCAGUUAAGCAGUAAAUUAAGGGAAAAUAAGAAAACAGCAGAGCUGAUUAAAACUGCCAACCUUCUCUUUAAUUCCUUUGAGCCUUAUUAUAUGUGGGAUUACGUUGCACGUUGGUUUGAAGAAUGUUGUAGGAGGACACUGCAUGCCAGACUUCAGAUUGGGCCUGGAGAUAGUAGUGAGUCAUCUGAGUUACAGCUGACCAAUUUCUGCUUACUGGUGGAUUUUUUGUUGGAUAUAGUUUCUUUGCCUACUAGAAGUAUGAGGGUGUUGUGUCAGGAGACUUAUAUUGAAAUCCAGACUGAACACUUGCCCCAGUUGCUCCUCAGGAUGAUUUCUGCCCUGACAAGCCAUCUCCAGACAUUACACUUGUCUGAACUCACAGAUUCACUCAGGCUCUGCUCAAAGAUCCUUAGCAAGGUGCAACCUCCACUCUUGUCUGCCAGCACUGGAGGUGUGUUGCAGUUUUCAAGUGGGCAGAACAACUCAGUCAAAGAAUGGGAAGACAAAAAGGUGUCAUCAGUGUCUCUUGAAAAUCCUACUGAAGUAUUUGAAGAUGGAGAAAACCCACCAAGCAGUCGAUCAUCAGAGAGUGGAUUUACUGAGUUUAUACAGUAUCAAGCAGACCGAAGUGAUGAUAUCGACAGAGACCUGAGUGAGGGGCAGGGGACAGCUGCCAUUCCCAUCGGUAGCACAUCCUCUGAGACCGAAACGGCCUCCACCGUAGGAUCUGAAGAAACCAUCAUCCAGGCCCCUUCCAUAGUCACCCAGGGGACAGCACCCCGAAGUGGGAAGACAGCCCAAAAAACUGCAAUGCAAUGUUGCUUGGAGUAUGUCCAGCAGUUUCUCACUAGACUUAUCAACCUCUACAUCAUUCAGGGCAACUCUUUUUCUCAGGCUUUGGCUACAGAGCAUUCAGGGGAUCUCAGUAGAGAGCAAGAAGAGACUUCAAAAUGGGAUAGGGAUUCCCAUGGAGAUGUAAAGGAGAGAAACAUAAGUAAACAGAAAACUUCAAAAGAAUACCUUUCCGCCUUCCUUUCUGCCUGCCAGCUCUUCCUGGAGUGCUCCAGUUUCCCAGUUUACAUUGCUGAGGGGAACCAUACUUCAGACCUACAUUCUGAGAAGUCUGAGACUGACUGGGAGCACGUGCAGCCUCCGCUGUGGCUCCAGACCCUGAUGAACGCUUGCAGCCAAGCAAGCGAUUUCAGUGUGCAGAGUGUUGCUAUUUCAUUAGUCAUGGACCUGGUGGGACUCACUCAGUCUGUGGCCAUGGUCACUGGGGAGAACAUCAACAGUGUGGAGCCUGCACAGCCCUUAAGUCCAAACCAGGGAAGAGUGGCGGUAGUUAUUAGACCUCCCCUCACUCCAGGCAAUCUGAGAUACAUUGCUGAGAAGACUGAAUUUUUCAAGCAUGUAGCUUUAACAUUGUGGGAUCAGCUGGGAGAUAGGACACCUCAGCACCAUCAGAAAAGUGUGGAACUGUUUUAUCAACUACAUAACUUGGUUCCUUCUUCUAGCAUCUGUGAGGAUGUUAUAAGUCAGCAGUUAACCCAUAAAGAUAAGAAAAUAAGGAUGGAAGCACAUGCAAAGUUUGCAGUUCUUUGGCAUCUGACAAGGGAUCUCCAUAUAAAUAAGUCGUCAUCUUUUGCACGUUCUUUUGACAGGUCACUGUUCAUCAUGUUAGAUAGCCUUAACAGUCUCGAUGGUUCUACCAGCUCUGUGGGACAAGCCUGGCUGAACCAAGUGCUACAAAGACAUGAUAUUGCAAGAGUUUUGGAACCAUUGCUAUUGCUCCUGCUUCAUCCCAAAACUCAGAGGGUUUCAGUGCAGCGUGUACAAGCAGAACGCUAUUGGAAUAAGGCUCCCUAUUAUCCCGGAGAAGAGAGUGACAAGCAUUUCAUGCAAAAUUUUGCCUGCAGCAAUGUAAGCCAAGUACAACUCAUUGCAUCUAAAGGAAGUGGUGAAAAGCCACUCACUAUGGACGAAAUAGAGAACUUUAGUCUCACUGUUAAUCCAUUGAGUGACAGACUUUCCCUUCUAAGUACCAGCAGUGAGACAAUUCCAAUGGUUGUAUCUGAUUUUGAUCUUCCAGACCAACAGAUAGAAGUACUUCAGAGUUCCGACUCUGGAUGCUCACAGUCCUCUGCUGGGGACAACUUGAGUUACGAAGUAGAUCCUGAAAAUGUGAACGCCCAAGAAGAUUGUCAAGUGCCAGGUGCAAGCUCCCCAGAUGAUGAUGUUCAGCAGGUAGUGUUUGACCUGAUAUGUAAAGUCGUAAGUGGCCUCGAAGCAGAAUCUGCAUCAUUGACAUCUCAGUUAGAAAUGGAAGCUGUGCCCCCAGAGCAUAGUGAUGUAGGUCCAGGCGAGGAGGCCCUUAAAACUGACGAGCAGUCUGCUCCGCAGGGUCAGAGUGCUUUGCUGAGUAACGACAGUUCUCAGUUGCUGGCUGUGUCUGCAGAGGGAGGCCGUGAGUGUGUGGCAAAUGGAAUCUCCAGAAAUAGUUCCUCACCUUGUAUUUCAGGAACCACACAGAUUCUCCAGGACUCUAAUGUUGCUUCCAUAGAAACUAAAUCCAGGCAGAGGAGUCACAGCAGUAUUCAGUUCAGCUUCAAAGAAAAAUUAUCAGAAAAAGUCUCCGAGAAAGAGACCAUUGUUAAGGAGUCAGGUAAACAACCGGGAGCAAAACCUAAAGUAAAACUUGCCAGAAAAAAGGAUGAUGACAAGAAAAAAGCUUCAAAUGAAAAACUCAAACAAACCAGUGUAUUCUUCAGCGAUGGUUUGGAUUUAGAGAACUGGUACAGCUGUGGAGAAGGAGAGAUUUCUGAAAUUGAGAGUGAUAUGGGUUCUCCAGGAUCACGGAAAUCGCCCCAUUUCAACAUCCACCCACUCUAUCAGCAUGUGCUUCUGUAUCUCCAGUUGUAUGAUUCAUCAAGGACUCUGUAUGCUUUUUCUGCCAUCAAAGCCAUCUUGAAAACUAACCCUAUUACUUUUGUAAAUGCCAUUUCAACCACUAGUGUAAAUAAUGCAUAUACCCCUCAGUUGUCUCUGCUUCAGAAUCUCUUGGCCAGACACCGGAUUUCUGUUAUGGGCAAAGACUUUUAUAGUCACAUUCCAGUAGACUCUAAUCAUAACUUCCGGAGUUCUAUGUAUAUAGAAAUUCUUAUUUCCCUCUGCUUAUAUUACAUGAGAAGCCAUUACCCAACUCACGUCAAGGUCACUGCACAAGAUUUAAUAGGCAAUCGAAACAUGCAGAUGAUGAGCAUAGAAAUUUUGACACUUCUCUUUACUGAGCUGGCAAAAGUAAUAGAAAGCUCAGCAAAGGGUUUCCCUAGUUUUAUCUCUGACAUGUUAUCUAAGUGCAAAGUUCAGAAAGUGAUUCUUCACUGUUUGCUGUCAUCUAUCUUUAGUGCACAGAAAUGGCAUAGUGAGAAAAUGGCAGGUAAAAACAUGGUUGCCGUGGAAGAAGGUUUCUCAGAAGACAGCCUUAUCAAUUUCUCAGAGGAUGAAUUUGACAAUGGCAGCACACUCCAGUCACAGCUUCUUAAAGUGCUUCAGAGGCUCAUUGUUCUAGAACACCGGGUAAUGACUAUCCCCGAAGAGAAUGAAACGGGUUUCGAUUUCGUCGUAUCUGACCUGGAACACAUCAAUCCCCAUCAGCCCAUGACUUCUCUUCAGUAUUUGCAUGCUCAGCCAAUUACAUGUCAAGGCAUGUUCCUCUGUGCAGUAAUACGAGCUUUGCAUCAACACUGUGCUUGUAAGAUGCACCCACAGUGGAUUGGUUUAAUCACAUCUACUCUGCCUUACAUGGGAAAAGUUCUACAGAGAGUGGUUGUUUCUGUGACACUACAGCUUUGCAGAAAUUUAGAUAAUCUAAUUCAGCAGUACAAAUAUGAAACAGGAUUAUCUGAUAGUAGGCCUCUCUGGAUGGCAUCAAUCAUUCCACCAGAUAUGAUUCUUACUCUUUUAGAAGGGAUCACAGCCAUUAUUCAUUACUGUUUGUUGGAUCCUACUACUCAGUAUCACCAACUUUUGGUCAACGUAGACCAAAAACACUUGUUUGAAGCCCGCAGUGGAAUCCUCUCCAUCCUUCACAUGAUCAUGUCCUCUGUGACUUUGCUCUGGAGCAUCCUGCAUCAGGCUGAUUCCUCAGAAAAGAUGGCUGUUGCUGCCUCUGCGUCUGUCACCACUAUUAAUCUUGGAGCCACAAAGAACUUGAGACAACAGAUCCUUGAAUUAUUGGGUCCCAUUUCAAUGAAUCAUGGUGUUCAUUUUAUGGCUGCUAUUGCAUUUGUGUGGAAUGAAAGAAGACAAAACAAAACGACCACCAGGACCAAGGUCAUCCCUGCGGCCAGUGAAGAGCAGCUCUUACUAGUAGAACUGGUUCGCUCCAUCAGUGUCAUGAGAGCAGAAACCGUUAUGCAGACCGUGAAAGAAGUUUUAAAGCAGCCCCCAGCCAUAGCCAAGGACAAGAAACACCUUUCUUUGGAAGUCUGCAUGCUUCAGUUUUUCUAUGCUUAUAUUCAAAGAAUUCCAGUGCCCAAUUUAGUGGAUAGCUGGGCAUCAUUGUUGAUACUUCUGAAAGACUCCAUACAACUGAGUCUUCCAGCCCCAGGGCAGUUUCUUAUACUUGGGGUUCUGAAUGAGUUCAUUAUGAAAAACCCUACUUUGGAAAAUAAGAAAGACCAAAGAGACCUUCAGGAUGUGACUCAUAAAAUAGUGGAUGCAAUUGGUGCCAUUGCUGGUUCCUCUUUAGAACAGACAACAUGGCUGCGACGAAAUCUUGAAGUUAAGCCUUCUCCCAAAAUAAUGGUGGAUGGGACCAAUUUGGAAUCUGAUGUUGAAGAUAUGUUAUCACCUGCAAUGGAAACCUCAAACAUAACUCCUUCUGUAUAUAGUGUCCAUGCACUGACAUUACUUUCUGAGGUUUUGGCUCAUCUUUUGGAUAUGGUUUUCUAUAGUGAUGAGAAGGAACGGGUUAUUCCUUUACUUGUAAAUAUUAUGCAUUAUGUUGUACCCUACCUCCGAAAUCACAGUGCACAUAAUGCUCCUAGUUAUCGAGCCUGCGUCCAGCUGCUUAGUAGUCUUAGUGGGUAUCAGUACACACGGAGAGCUUGGAAAAAAGAAGCCUUUGACCUCUUUAUGGAUCCCAGUUUCUUUCAGAUGGACGCCUCUUGUGUUAAUCAUUGGAGAGCAAUAAUGGACAAUCUGAUGACACAUGAUAAGACAACAUUUAGAGACUUGAUGACUCGUGUAGCUGUGGCUCAGAGCAGUUCACUUAAUCUCUUUGCAAACCGUGAUGUGGAGCUAGAGCAAAGAGCCAUGCUUCUCAAAAGAUUAGCAUUUGCUAUUUUUAGCAGUGAAAUUGACCAGUACCAGAAAUAUCUUCCAGAUAUACAAGAGAGAUUGGUUGAGAGUCUCCGUUUGCCCCAGGUGCCAACUCUUCACUCUCAAGUGUUUCUGUUCUUCAGAGUAUUACUUUUAAGAAUGUCUCCACAACAUCUUACCUCACUCUGGCCUACCAUGAUUACAGAACUUGUACAGGUAUUUUUACUGAUGGAGCAGGAACUCACUGCUGAUGAAGAUAUUUCACGGACUUCAGGCCCCUCUGUGGCUGGUCUGGAGACAACCUACACAGGAGGUAAUGGCUUUUCUACUUCAUAUAACAGCCAGCGAUGGUUAAACCUCUAUCUAUCUGCUUGCAAAUUUUUGGAUUUGGCUCUGGCGUUGCCCUCCGAAAAUCUUCCUCAGUUUCAGAUGUACCGAUGGGCCUUUAUCCCAGAAGCCUCCGAUGAUUCGGGUUUGGAAGUCCGAAGGCAGGGCAUACAUCAACGAGAAUUUAAACCUUAUGUAGUUCGACUAGCAAAACUUCUUCGGAAAAGGGCAAAGGACAAGGAGGAGGACUUUAAGACAGUGAUUUUGGAGGGAUUGGAGAUGGCCAAGCAUCAGAAAAACCCAGAGGAAGACAACUCAGGGAGAACGUUGGGUUGGGAGCCGGGGCACUUGCUGCUUACCAUCUGCACUGUGCGCAGUAUUGAGCAGCUGCUGCCAUUCUUCAAUGUACUCAGCCAAGUCUUCAACAGCAAAGUCACCAGCCGAUGUGUAGGACACUCAGGGAGCCCCAUCCUCUACUCAAACACCUUCCCGAAUAAGGACAUGAAACUGGAAAACCACAAACCCUUUUCCAGCAAAGCCAGGCAAAAAAUAGAAGAGAUGGUAGAAAAAGAUUUUCUGGAAGGGGUCAUAAAAACUUGAAGCACCACAAGUGGUUCCAUUUAGUUAAAUGUAAUUAUUUAAAACAAACAUUGCUCUGAGUUGUAUAGGGUUUUUUUCUUUUUUGUAUGUAACAAAACACAUUUCAGGUUGUAUUUAAUUUAAAUAUUUGUAAAUAAGAGCAAAUGUCUGAAUGUGGCCUGAAUCAAGUUUAAAUAUUGUUGGCUCAUAUUGAUUAUGGUGCCUAAGAGAGAUCUAUAUAUACAUAUAUAGUCCAUUGUUUUAUUGUCCUGAGUUGUCUUAAACCUGCAAAAUACACACUGCACAUUUUUUGC